AAGCUUCCAGAGUUAGACAGAGAGAGAGUUGUUCGAAAAGAGAAGAGAGCUAAGGAAAGAGUAGGCUUAGAGGGGUUUUGGGCUGAUGUAAGAGGCUGCAUAUGUAGAUGAAUAUGCAGACCUGGUUUGAGUGAUUAGAAGAGAGAUUUCUUCUUUGUUGUUACCUAAAGCUACUCGACUGUGUUGGCCUCUCAUAUUCAUUCGAUCAAUAAAGGAUUGCAAGAGUGUUUCCAAGACUGGAUUAGAGUCAAUAAAUCAUCUUGAUUUAUUGGCUUGAACCAGUAUAACUAUCUGUGUUCAUUUGUUGUUCUUGUUUUAUUAUUUCUUUAAUUUCUGGUUUACUUGUUUCGGAUUUGUUGUUCAGUUUGAAAUCAGUAGCUACUUGUUGUUUCAAGUUUAUUAAGUGCAGGUACUGGAUCAAAGCUUUGAGGUGUGCAAAAUACAACAGAGUAUCUUGAGAAUGGAUGGGAAAACCACAACACGUAUGGGAAGUUCUGCUUGGAUUACUUAGGUGUGGCUAUAAGUGAGAAAACCGUUUUCCAUUUGGUUAUUCCUGAUGCCUAUGCCUAUUUGGCGAAACAAAAUUUUGUCAAGUAAUUAAAUCAAAGUGAAAAGAUUGCGAGCUUAAAUGCUGACCAAUUUGCUCAUGCUGCUCAAUGUUAUUGGAGCUCAGAAAUGGUUGAUGUUGGAAAUAAGGAAAAAUAUUACUUGGGCUAUUUGUUCGAUGGACUGGAAAAGGCUCUCCACAUUGAAUAUGAUUCAACUGAGGGAGACAGAAGAUGUCAAGAGUUUGCUUGAAGAUGUAAUUUUUCGAAGUGUUAGCAGGAAUAGUGAGCUGACAUUUAAACAAAUUGGAAAUGUGGUUAUGAUGGUUACUGGUUACUUUGGGAAACUUCGUAUUGAUACAUACAGGCAGAUCUCUCGUAGCUCUGUUAAAUAUCCAUUCUGGAAAUCAUGGAUUGAAAGUUUUGAGAACAUAGGAUCUGAAUUCUCACAAGAGUCUUCAUCUUUAGUUUCCUUUGAUCCUCCUACGCAUCACCAAGUCUCUUUGGUUCAAAAGUUCCAUAAAGCCUUAGAACAAACUUACUAUGCUGACUCUUUUGGUAAAAGUCACUAUGUAUCACCAAGUUGCUUCAUGUACAUUGUCGAGCGCCUUCUGAUUAUGAUAUUCCACUUCAAAGGGUGCUUUCUCUCAAUCAAAUCUUCUGUAGUUGAAUGGCUCAUAAGCCAGGAAUGGAAUAUGAAUGCCUUACACAACUUCAAAGAUGAUUGGCAACAAAAAUUUGGCGGUACUCUCGAUAUUGUGGCAGCCAUUGUUUCUGAACUUCUCUAUAACAAAGACGAUGUAAUGGCAUGGAUUGAAGGUUCUAAUCUCAGCUUGGCACGUCAUAAAGAGCUAGUGUUGAGAUUGUUUGUUGCUCUAUGCUUGCUCUGUGUGAACUGUGGAAAGUACUACGAGUUACUCUUUGACUUGCUUGGCAUGAGUGACAUUACUUCUCUACUACCACAACAGUUCUAUUGUGUUAUUCGAAAUCUGAAACCAGGAGAGUUUGAUGAGAAUGUUCGUGUUCUUGCACAAGCUUUCCAAAGAAUUGGGAACCCUUUAGUGGUAGUGAGCUCAGGAGAUCAACAUUUCAUUGAGUUUAAAAUCCCUUCAGGCACCAUCUUUGUAGACAUGGAAGUUCACAAAGGAAGAGAGGAGUUGAUUAGCAUAAUGUUUAAAUGAUGAUUCUAUGGUAUAUGUGUUUGAACUCAAUCAUUGCCUUUAAAUGCUCGCUGUUAAGGGAUGUUCUCAUCAAUUGAAAAAUCGUAACGUUAUUGUAUUUUGCUCUCUCUCUCUCUCUCUCUCUCUUUUUAUUAAAAAAAAGAAAAAAAGAAUCAUUACCUCCGAAGACCGGAGAUUUUUUUUUUUUUGAAAUGGUAAGAGGCGAAAAUAGAAUGGGAAAUAUAAAAUAACUAUUUGCGUAAAAUCUUAGAGGGAGUUUGAAAAUUUAAUCUUUUAUUUUCAACUUAUUUGUGUCUAUACUAAUA